AUGAGAGUGGCCGUGGUGGGUGCAGGUGUCAGUGGGCUGACAGCCACCAAGUGCUGCCUGGAUGAGGGGCUGGAGCCCACCUGCUUCGAGCAGAGCCAGGACAUCGGGGGGCUCUGGCGCUACACGGAGCACAUCGAGGCUGCCCGGCCAAGCCUCUACCCAUCAGUCAUCAGCAACACCUCAAAGGAGAUGUCAGCAUUCUCUGACUUCCCCUACCCUGAGGACUUCCCAGUGUUCCUGCCCAAUGCCAAGCUCCUGGACUACCUCCGGCGCUAUGCUGAGCACUUUGGCCUCCGGAGGCACAUGAAAUUUGGGACCACUGUUGUCAGCAUCCGGAAACGCCCUGACUUUGCCACCACAGGCCAGUGGGACGUGGUCACAGAGGCGGGUGGGAAGCAGACAUCGCAUGUCUUCGAUGCUCUUAUGGUUUGCAGCGGCAAUUUCUCCGAGCCAUCCCUCCCUCUGCACUGUUUUCCUGGCAUCGAGAGGUUUCGAGGACAGUACUUCCACAGCCAGCAGUACAAGCAUCCCGACGUGUUUCAGGGGAAGCGUGUCCUUGUGGUGGGCUUGGGCAAUUCUGGAGUGGACAUUGCAGUGGAGGCCAGUCGUGUGGCUGCCAAGGUGACAAUUUGCACCAGUCGAGGUGCCUGGCUGCUCACCCGUGUGUUUGACCAUGGCUACCCAUGGGACAUGGUUUACAACACUCGUUUUAUGAGCCUGAUCAGAAACAACCUCCCUAGACUCCUCUCAUGGAGACUCAUUAACUACAAGGUGAACCAGCGUUUCAACCAUGAAAACUAUGGCCUUCAGCCAGAGAAGAGCUGCCUGGUGCGUGAGCCCGUGCUGAGUGACGACCUUCCAAGCUACAUCCUGACAGGGAGGAUCACCAUCAAGCCAGGCGUGAAGGAAUUCAAGGACAAUUCAGUUGUUUUCCACAACUGCCCUAAGGAGGAACCUAUCGAUAUUGUUGUCUUCUGCACAGGCUAUGAUGUUUCCUUCCCGUUCUUAGAAGAAGCAGAUGUCAAGGUGGAAAACAAGCAUGCAUCUCUCUACAAAUACGUGUUCCCAACCCACCUGCAGAAGCCCACCCUGGCUGUCCUUGGGCUCAUCAAGCCUUUAGGAGGCAUCAUGCCCGUUAUAGAGUUGCAAGCACGCUGGGUGACUCGUGUCUUCAAAGGCUUGUGUCAGUUGCCUCCUCAGUCUGUUAUGGAGAAGGAAGUAAAUGAGAAAAAGAAAAACAAAGUGAAAUGGUUUGGUCUGUCCUUUGAUGAAGUUCUCAAAACCGAAUGGCUGGCCUACAUGGACACACUUGCCUCCUUCAUCGGUGUCAAGCCCAAUGUGCUGGGGUUGCUCUGCAGAGACCCCCAGCUGGCCCUCACCAUUUUCUUUGGUCCCUGCACCCCCUACCAGUACCGACUGGGAGGCCCUGGCUGCUGGGAGGGGGCACGCCAGGCCAUCCUCACCCAGUGGGACCGGACCCUGAAACCCACGAGAACACGAGUCCCUGCUGGUUCCCACAGUUCUUUCCCUUCUCUCCUGGCUGUGGUGGGGUUCCUCUUGCUCCUGGCUGCUGAGCAGGGUCUGGCUUUGUCUCAUAACUAUGUCUGGAUCACACUGACCAGGAUGCAGCAAGGAGAAGAUUAG